CAGUUUGUUGGAAGCUUCUGGCUCUUUUCAAGGGGAAGUGGCAGGGCUUAGCUCUCAUGUUGACUUGUCUCCCCAAUCACAAGACAACUCCAGUCAGCUUCUACCCUCACCCAUGAAGGUCUCUAGCCAGUCUACUAAUGGUCAAAGCACUCCCAGCUUGUUUAUGCUUGGCUCUGAGAGCAGUUCAGAUUCACAGUCAACAGGUCCAGCUUCACCUCUAGACACUCAGGGUAGUCUCUCUCAAAGCAUUUCUAGCCAGUCCACAAGCGUUCAAAGUUCACCUAGUGUGUCUACAAGCACCCAGAGCAGGUCUGCCACUCAAUUAACUUCCAGUAAUUUUUUUCCUGUGCAGGGAGGUAGUAGUUCUACUUCUAGCUUAUAUCUGAAGCCUCAGGGCACUCUGGGUCUGUAUGCCCCUGCGUCCCAUACCAAAUAUGUGAGUUCCCCCAUGUCAUCACACCCAGCUGUUUAUAGCCAGUCAAAAAGUAGCUCUGGUCCUUGGUUUGGGGGCUCUACUGGCUUUUCCUCCCAGGGAAUGAGUAGCACUUACAGUGGUUCUGUCCAGCCUCAAGGUACCACAAGUCAGUUUGCCUCUGGGUCUCCAUCCUACUAUCCAAGUGUAUCACUAUUCUCACCCCAAGGUGCCUCCAGUCAGUCUGCUGCAGUCCAGAGUUCACAGAAGCAGUUUACCUCUACCUUCACAGGCAACUCUGGCACCCAGGAAGGACCCUCUGCUCCCUUCAAAUGGCAGGGAAGCACCACCUAUGGUGGAUCACUCCAGCCUCAAGAUACCACAAGUCAGUUCGCCUCUGGAUCUCCAUCCUACUAUCCAAGUGUAUCACUAUCCUCGCCACAAGGGGCCUCCAGUCAGUCUGCUACAGUCCAGAGUUCACGGAAGCAGAUUGCCUCUAGCUAUGGCACCCAGUCAGGGUCCUCUAAGCCAUUCACUCUGCAGGGAAGCUCCACUUAUGGUGGGUCACUCCAGCCUCAGGGUACCACAAGUCAGUUUGCCUCUGGGUCUCCAUCCUACUAUCCAAGUGUAUCACUAUUCUCACCCCAAGGUGCCUCCAGUCAGUCUGCUGCAGUCCAGAGUUCACAGAAGCAGUUUACCUCUACCUUCACAGGCAACUCUGGCACCCAGGAAGGACCCUCUGUUCCCUUCAAAUGGCAGGGAAGCACCACCUAUGGUGGAUCACUCCAGCCUCAAGAUACCACAAGUCAGUUUGCCUCUGGGUCUCCAUCCUCCUAUCCAAGUGUAUCACUAUUCUCACCCCAAGGUGCCUCCAGUCAGUCUGCUACAGUACAGAGUUCACAGAAGCAGUUCACCUCUAGCUAUGGCACCCAGUCAGGGUCCUCUAAGCCAUUCACCCUGCAGGGAAGCACCACUUAUGGUGGAUCACUCCAGCUUCAAGAUACCUCAAAUCAGUUUGCCUCUGGGUCUCCAUCCUCCUAUCCAAGUGUAUCACUAUUCUCACCCCAAGGUGCCUCCAGUCAGUCUGCUACAGUCCAGAGUUCACGGAAGCAGUUUACCUCUAGCUAUGGCACCCAGUCAGGGUCCUCUAAGCCAUUCACCCAGCAGGGAAGCACCACCUAUGGUGGAUCACUCCAGCCUCAAGAUACCUCAAAUCAGUUUGCCUCUGGGUCUCCAUCCUCCUAUCCAAGUGUAUCACUAUUCUCACCCCAAGGUGCCUCCAGUCAGUCUGCUACAGUCCAGAGUUCACGGAAGCAGUUCACCUCUAGCUAUGGCACCCAGUCAGGGUCCUCUAAGCCAUUCACCCAGCAGGGAAGCACCACCUAUGGUGGAUCACUCCAGCCUCAAGAUACCUCAAAUCAGUUUGCCUCUGGGUCUCCAUCCUCCUAUCCAAGUGUAUCACUAUUCUCACCCCAAGGUGCCUCCAGUCAGUCUGCUACAGUCCAGAGUUCACGGAAGCAGUUCACCUCUAGCUAUGGCACCCAGUCAGGGUCCUCUAAGCCAUUCACCCUGCAGGGAAGCACCACCUAUGGUGGAUCACUCCAGCCUCAAGAUACCUCAAAUCAGUUUGCCUCUGGGUCUCCAUCCUCCUAUCCAAGUGUAUCACUAUUCUCACCCCAAGGUGCCUCCAGUCAGUCUGCUGCAGUCCAGAGUUCACAGAAGCAGUUUACCUCUACCUUCACAGGCAACUCUGGCACCCAGGAAGGACCCUCUGCUCCCUUCAAAUGGCAGGGAAGCACCACCUAUGGUGGAUCACUCCAGCCUCAAGAUACCACAAGUCAGUUCGCCUCUGGAUCUCCAUCCUACUAUCCAAGUGUAUCACUAUCCUCGCCACAAGGGGCCUCCAGUCAGUCUGCUACAGUCCAGAGUUCACGGAAGCAGUUCACCUCUAGCUAUGGCACCCAGUCAGGGUCCUCUAAGCCAUUCACCCUGCAGGGAAGCACCACCUAUGGUGGAUCACUCCAGCCUCAAGAUACCUCAAAUCAGUUUGCCUCUGGGUCUCCAUCAUCCUAUCCAAGUGUAUCACUAUUCUCACCCCAAGGUGCCUCCAGUCAGUCUGCUACAGUCCAGAGUUCACGGAAGCAGUUCACCUCUAGCUAUGGCACCCAGUCAGGGUCCUCUAAGCCAUUCACCCUGCAGGGAAGCACCACCUAUGGUGGAUCACUCCAGCCUCAAGAUACCACAAGUCAGUUUGCCUCUGGGUCUCCAUCCUCCUAUAAUGGUCAUUGUGUAUCGUUGUCCUCGCCCCAAGGUGUUGCCGACCAGUCCAGCCAAGCAUUUCAAAGCUUUUCUGGGUCCCAAAGCCAAUAG